UAUUAAUAUUAAUAUAUUUUUUCUCUUGUGACCUAAAGAAUGACAAACGUUGCCUCAAGUAUAUUGAGGAAUGAGACAAACUUGUUUUCUUCGGUCUAGUUUUGUACUUGUUUUGUAAUCUAUUUCCAAGACCAUACACAUUUAAGGUGUAUGCUUCUUAUCCAUUAUUACUCCCUUCUAGAAGAGACAUAAAUUGCCAGUAAUUUGACGGCAGAGCCCAGCAGAUAUUUAUAUAUGUUGUGUCAGCAGGGAAACCCCAUCAGCCGCUAACUGUUCAUUCAUAAAAAACGAUUAGCUGGUGUAUUUGAGACGCUUCAUUGCUGAAGGUGUAAACAUAUCAAUACUUUCCGCCCUCUUCUUUUCAUUAGUUAGCUAUUAAAAGUGCACACGAAUGGAAAUUUCUCUUCAGCAGCUCUAAAAAGCAUCCUAGCUUACAGAUGUAAGCGUAGCCAGCCCUGCAAACGCGUCUUCAAACGUCAUAGCAGCAAAGUAGCCUUAUUAGUUUUAAAGGAAGGGGGUAACUAAUCGCUCUGAAAGGUUCGUGGUCCGGCCCUGUUGUGAAUCAAUGGGACUUGACCUAUAGCUGAAGACUAAUUCAUUCAAAAUUCCCCCACCCUGAUGAUUAUAAAUAUCAAGGACAGACUUCACACUCUUCACUUUUGAUCUCGCCUCUGAGACUCAGCAGCAGAAGACAACGUCUGACACUAUGAAAGUAAGUCCACAUUCAUGCUUGUGUUUGUCUCGUGCACUUUUAGCAAUUCACUUGUAACUAGACAGAAUAAAAAAAAUUUAAAUGAAGAAGCUACCAGGAAUUUUUAUGAAUUUAGGAAUGUUGUAUUAAUACUUUUGUGCAUAAUGUAAUGAGCAUUGUAGAGAAAAUUUACAGUGUUACAAAAGGCCAACUGCAAUGUUCUUGCACAUGGGAAGUUAUAUAUUUUAACACAUCUUCACCCUUUCAGGAUUUAAGGACUCUUGCGGCUUACGCACUUGCGCUGUUACUUCUGGCAACAUUUGUGUCCCAUUCCUGGAGUGCGCCCAUGGGCAGUUUUCAGCGUCGGAAUUGGACGCCCCAAGCCAUGUUAUAUCUGAAGGGCACACAGGGACGCCGCUUUGUGUCAGAAGACCGAAAUGAAGGGGACUUGUAUGACACAAUACGCUUGGAGUCACAAAGCCAAAACACAGAAAACCUGAGCAUCUCUAAAGCGGCUGCAUUUCUCUUAAAUGUUCUCCAGCAAGCCAGAGACGAGGGUGAGCCUUACUGAAACCGGCUCAAAGACCGCCAACAACUCACUCUUUCAUCUGAAUGCUUCCUGUUUUGUGAGCCAUGUGGGAAUUUAAUGUUUUCAAGUUCAUCCUCCGCUACAGCGCUGCCUGUGUUUGACAUCUCUGAAGGUUCACCACUCACUGUUCAACACUAUUACAGUCAGAUUUGAGUAAUGUAGAGUUCUGUGUUUCUCCAGAUUGUUUGGACUGAUCUGUGAAAUAACCACUGAUAGUAAGGUUUUUUAUUAUUAUUUCUUUCAGGGGAAAUAUUAGGUUGCUUUUUCAAGACAUAUCAUCUUGGAAAAGAGACUAUUUAUGAUGAUCGAAAUUAUGUGUAAUUUAAAAUUAACUGUACAGUUUUGUUUUGUCCUUUUCAUUUUCUCAUGUUAAAUCAACAUGUGAAUUGACUGGUCUGUAAAAUACAUAUUUACGAAUGUGUGAAAAUUUUCUCAAUUAAUUAAACUGAAU